AGAGAUGUGAAACCAUUCAAAUCAAAGAGAGGGGUUUGAAUAGUUUGGGAAAGCUUUAGCUGAAACUUGUUCAUAUUUGAAUUGGUUGAGUAGGGAAUUAUGCACCCCUCUUCCAAGUUCCAUAUAAAACAAAAAAACAUCUAUCUGGGUUAUGAUAUUAACAUAUAGAUAUUUCUUCAUCUAAUAGCAUUUUCAUUUUUCACAAAGGCUACAUACCCAGAAGAAGAAAAACUCUUCCUGUUUUCAUUCAAAACAGAAGUAGCUAUGGUAAACCCUUGUGAUUUGCAAAUCAAAAUUAAUGAUCAGCAGAUAUUCCUUUUGAAAGAGAAGAUUGUAUCAAAAUACUGUGGAAAGGUGAAAAAAAUCUUGAAUCAACAAAAGAGAUGCCAUGGGAAGAAAACGGGGAUUGGGAUCAAAGAUUUCCCCGGUGGCCCAGAUGGGUUUGAGCUAGUAUCAAGGUUUUGUUACAACAAUGGCAAGAUCUCAAUUACUGUAGCCAAUGUGUCUCUUCUCCAUUGUUGUGCCAUUUAUCUUGGAAUGACUGAGGAAGUCUUCACCAACAAUCUCUUGCAACAAACACAAACUUUUCUUGAGAAUAUGCAUUACUGGAAAUGGAAUGACAUACUUCUAAGUCUAAUGAGUUGCCAGUUUUUUUUUACAUAUGCAGAUUGCUAUGGUCUUUUGGAGAAGAUCAUUAGUGCAGUGCUAACAAAGAUUGCACAAAAUUCAGAUGCAAACCUUUUCACUUUCUCCACUUCUUUAUCAUCGUCAUCACCAUCAUCGACAUCAACACCAUCUUCACCAGAAAGCAACUCUGCCAAGAGAUUUUCUUCUUCAACAUCAACUACACCAGAAACAACAAAGGCAACCCUGCCAAGCAAAGCAUGGUGGUUUGAGGAUUUGGCAACUUUACCCCCACAGAUAAUUGAGAAACUUUUUCAGUGUAUUGAAGCAUACAAAGCUGAUAACAAAAACUUAAUCUUUACAAAGUUUCUGUUGCAAUAUCUGAAAACAGCUACUCAAACCAGAGAGGUUGAUUGCAGAAACAGUAUUGAAUAUGCUGCUCUUGCAGAAACAGCUGCUUAUGGGGUCAUAUUUGUCGGUAAGAAAACAUUUUCUUGCAGAGGGCUUUUUUGGGUAUUAAGGAUUGUAUCUGGUUUUGGGUUGAGAAAAGGUUGCAGAACUGAACUUGAGAAAUUGAUUGGUGGGAUGCUUGAACAAGCUACACUGGAUGAUCUUUUGGUUUCUGGACAUGAUAUGGGGAUUUACUAUGAUGUUAACUUGGUGAUAAGAUUGGUUAGACAAUUUGUUGAUACCAAUAGCUCUGAUGGAAUGUCUUUACAGAAAAUGAAAAGGGUUGGUAUAUUAAUUGACAAUUAUUUGAAAGAGAUAUCACCUGACCAGAACCUCAAGAUCUCUAAAUUUCUUGGAGUUGCAGAAUGUUUGCCUGACUCUGCAAGGGAUUGCUUUGAUGGGGUGUAUAGAGCCAUUGACAUCUAUCUUGAGUCUCAUCCAAAUGUCCCAUUUGAGGAAAGAUCAAGAUUGUGUAAAUGUCUUAACUACAGUAAACUGAGCUUUGGAGCUAGUAAAGAUCUGGCCAAGAACCCCAGAAUACCUCCAAGGAUUGCAAUGCAGGCACUUAUUUCUCAACAAACAAAAAUUCCAACAAGCAACUUUGUAACUGAGAGUCCAAGAAAAAGCCAUUCCAAAUUUUUUUUGUACAAUGAAGCCAGCAUAGACAGCUUCUCCCAAGAGAAAAAAUACGUGAAACUAAAACUGGAGAGAUUGCAAUGUAAGACAGUAGAACUGGAUAAAUUACAGGAAGAAAUGAAUGGUCAGGUUCCAAAUAUGUUUAGCCGUAAUGUCUUGCUCAGUCCUGCUCGUGCUAGAGCCUCGCCAAGAUAUUGUUGAAUAUCUUCAUCUAAUGUACCUGUCUAAUAUCACUAUCCAUUAUACAGUGGGUAUUUCUAGUAUUGUAAAAAGCUGUGACUUCAUUUUGGUUUUAUAUUUUGGUUAGAAUUUCAGUGCUAUAGAAGGAAUGGUAUAGAAAAGAUUCCAUCAUUGUAGCUCUCGAACUUCUUGAUUACAUAAGUAUUAUUGGAUAAAAUAUAAAAACAACGUAUCUAAAGAUAGUAAAGUUUUGAUUGACAUUGUA